UAAUAGCAUCUGCUGUUGCAUUCAUGUCAAACGUCAUCCGACCAUCGAGUGCGUUAUGAUUAUGUAAUAUUUGUCCAGUCGUGACUAUUUUCUGUGUACUACAGUGAAAAUAAAAUCGGAGAAAAAUAAUGGUGAAACGAAAGAUCAAAACGGCAAUGACCCAUAUGGCGGUAAAACGUCGUAAAGUCCGUCCAUCCGGCGAUCCAAAAUCUUCAGAAGAUCAUACUUUGACUAGUGUCCUGAGCCUGAACGACGAUUGCCUGCAGGAAAUUUUCAUGUAUUUGGAUUCCAGUGAUCUGCUGAAUACCAUUAAAACGAAUUCUCGUUUCAAGUAUGCGUGCGAACAAGUGUUUAAGCGAAAAUACUGUGGCACGCAAUUGGUGAUUCUGUCGAAUCUCGAUAAGUGGUCUAAAAUGAACCUCAGCAUGAAGAGCUUAAAGUUUUCGGUAAACAUUUCGAAUCAUUUUGGCCAUUUGAUUUCGAAGCUGCGCAUACGGUUUAAGUUGAACAAGAUUGAUGGCUUACUGGAUGCUAUUGCUGCAAAUUGUGAUGAAAAUUUGCUCGAGCUGGAAUUGGAACAUGUGGGCGCGUAUGUUAUAAAAAAGUCAUUGCUGUACGUCAGUGGUCUACAAAAGAUGCAAUCGUUUUUGAGCAAUUUGAGUAAUCAGUUCCCAAACCUUCAUCGUCUCAAAAUUCAUUAUCGUAACGUGAGGAAUGCUUGUCCAUAUUCGAAAGCAAUUAUACAGUCCAUACCAUCAGUGAAUUCAUUCGAAGUCACAGAGGAAGUUGCUGGAAAGUUUUUCACCGAAAAGGCACUGAAGAAGUUUGUCCGAUUGAAUCGGCAAAUAGAAAGUCUUAGUAUUCGCGUUGACGAAUAUGAAUUGAUCGACUCGGAACGAUCAUGGAAUAUUAGCAUCGGAUUUAUUCGAUGCUUGGAUGAAUCAUUGCCGAUGCUAAAACGCCUGGAAAUUAAUCGCGUUUCAAUACGGUAUCUCCCGAAUGUGGGAUUCGGGCUCAUAAAACCGGACAAGUAUCCGAUUGGAUUCAAGAAUUUAAAAGAACUGAAGUUCUACAGUUUCUUGGAGUACCACAAUGCUGACGUGGGAUUCAUGUCAUUUCUGAGCGAUUCAAUUGAAGUGUUGAAGCUAUCUACAUUCGAUUCCAAUGCCACUCGCUUUAAUCAAAGCAUCGCUCAAUUUAAGAAUUUGAAAGUUUUACGCCUGGAAUAUCCAAUGGACGAUGCAGCUACCUUUCUGACUAGCGAACAAUUAGCUAGAACAGUUUGGACGAAAUACGGCGUAGAGCAACUGAUCCUGAACAACCGGAAUCUAACAAAAAUAUGCUUGCUACUACAUCCUUCCGAUUACGGUUCCGAAGCGCUUAACAAUAUCUUUGGAGGUGUCACUGAAUACACAGAUGAUGAUGGAGUUCAGUGGGAUGUGCGUCGGCUAUUGUUUGGCUAUUCGUUUCAAAAGAAGUUGAUCACUUAGAAAAUUGGUGUACGCUUUCUAGUUGAAGCGCAACAAUGAUGUAACACGUUCAUUAUCAAUGUUUAGUUUUUUGUUUCUUUAAUUACAAAAUAAAUUCUGAGAAGUUUAUCGCUAA